AAGCGGAUGCGCGAGCUCUGUUGUUGUGCAGAAGUAACGUUCUUUUAACCGCCGCUAAAUACUAAAAAAAUCAAGAUAAUUCACAACAAACCUGCUGAUACUGAUUCUACUGACAAUAUGGAAGAAGGAGAGACUGUUACGAUUCCAUCCAGAAAAGAGAUGCGGAAACAAAAGCUGAUGGAAUACUUGGCUGCAAAAGGAAAGCUGAAACAGCCCAACUCGAGGACAAACCUCCAGGAUGGCUGUCAGCUGAAGAAGCCUGUGACAUCUGCAGCGGAGAUUGUUAGAGGAAAAGAGAACACCGCUCCAGCUGACAAAUUAAAAAAAAAAAGCACAAAAAUCCCAAAUUCUUCUGCUCAAGCUACAAAAAACCCUGUAAGAAGAGCCUUUGGGGACGCAAACAAAGUGGAAGCUGGAAGGCAGAAAAUCCAUCAUUCAUCUGCAACAAGUUUCCCACCUCUGCAAAAACUUAAUCAGAAGCCGGUGCUCACAAAAACAUACACCGUUUCUUCCUCCAAGAACAACAUGAAUUCAGCCAGCCUAUUCAAAAAGCAACCAAGCACAGGAAUAACAGCUUCAGGCAAAACCUCUUCAAAUGCAGCUCGUACAGCUGCAACAAAACCCAACAACAGAUUCAGCAGUAGCUCGAAAUCUGCUUUGCUACGUCCAAUUAAGACGGUCAGCGUCAGGAUGAGCCUCGGCCCAAUUGUCAAAACCAAAACUGGACUCAUUCCUGCAGUGACCCAGCCAAGAAACAGUCAAAUCCCAGUUCCCACCACCAACACUGCUUCUGCUCCUACCAACGUGCGAUCAAGCACCUCAUCAUCAGUGUCCACGUCCCUGAAGAAAACAUGGACUAUCACUGCUCUUAAGAACCAAGUGAAUGAGACUGCAAGAGCGAGGAUAGGGGUUCAAAAUCAGAACAGGGAUCACUCUAAAACACUGAAUGGUCAACAGUCUCUGCCAUCCUUUAAGAGUCGACCAAGUGGACUGAAAACUACAACCAUCUCUUCUAAGUGCACAGCUGCACCGAACAAACCAGAGGGGAGAGUAGGGAUGCUAAAACCAAGUGUAUCAACCAGCCUGCCUUCAGAUACACGUUCAAAGCAGAGAUCUGAGACUGAGGGGAAGAAAAAUAUCCAACCAUGCAAAGUCGUCUCCAGAACAUCCUCCAGGCCAGCGAGCAGAUGCAGCUUUAGACCAGCUGGAGCUGAGCUGGAAAAGAAAACCAAGACUUGUAGAGAGACGGAUGGUAAGAAGGGUUCAAACAGUUCAGCUGUUCCCUCUCAAAACCAAGCAGUUAUCAAAAGAAUACGCGCUCCGGUUAUAUCACACACGGCACCCCAGCCUGCUCGGACCAUCAGUCUCACAGGCCAGGCCAGGAAGACACAGAAAGUCCCAGUGAGGGUCAUCCCACAGACGGAGGGGAAGAAACUGACCGCUGUCCAGGAGGAAAGAAUGAAAAAGUUGCAGGAAUGGCGGGAAGCCAGGGGCAUUUCCUACAAGCGACCUCCAAUGCCAGUAAGACCUCAAGUCAGACGCACCAUGGCUGUGCCUCAACCUUUCUGGACAACAAUGACGGAGGAAGAUGAGGCCCACUCCCUGAUCUCCGCUGUGGAUAGAUCUCUGGCCGACUGCAUCAAAUUACUUGGCGAGGGUUACCCAACAGACCAGGUUAAGGAGGUUCUCUCCAGGCUGCCGGUGGUGUCCCACAAGUUUGCCAAAUACUGGAUCUGUCAGGCUCGUUUGAUGGAGCAGGAGGGCAACCUGGACGUCCUGCCCCUGUUUGAACAGGCUGUUGGUGUUGUGUUGGAGCCCAUGGAGGAGCUGCGGACUGUGGUGUUUGAGAUCCUGAAGAAAAAGGACGAGACCAAAGCGUCUGAGGAAGGAGACCAGAUUCCAUCAGAUGCAGGCACUCCUGAGAGCGUCGACAACCCAAUGAUGACUCCUAAACCUGUCAGAGCACUCAUCUGUGGGGAGAAAGGAGACUCUUCUGUUGUCAAGUACAAGAUUACAGCAACUCCUGGUGGCCCUCAAAGCCAACAGAAGGAACCAGCACGGGUCAACGGCCAGGAAGUUCGCUUCUUCACCCCUGUUAGACGCUCGGUGCGAAUCGAAAGAGCCUCGCUCCGCUACCCCGUGUCCCUCCAGGACCACGAUCUGUGUGUGGCCUCAUACAACGACCUGAUCUCGGAGGAGGACGGUGAGAGAAGUGAAGAGCAGAAGGAUGGCGAAAUCAGCCCGUCCGACAACGAAACGCCGAUGUACGUCUACAGAGAGAACGAGGCCCUGAAAGAAAAGGUGUUUGUCCAGCUAGUGUACGAUGACUGCGUUUAGCUUAAACGUUUACUUCAUCUCCGGCUAGCUCUUUUUCUUUCAUCUGUUAAACUGGCAGCAACACUCAAAUGUUUACUUUCCAUGAAAAGAAGUGAAGACAGAGGCAGGUUGGUUUGGUAAAGUACAGUGUUUUCUCACGCUUUUGGUGUUAUUAUAUUUCCAUGAUGAAUUUGUUGUACAUAGUAUUGUAAAAUAAAUGGCCUUUUUUUAAACAUG